UGCAACCCCUUGAGGUACUCAGUUGCUCAGUCGUCAUGAGCAAGAGUGUGUGUAUGCAGCUGGUGUGGGAGGCCUGCAGCAUUGGCCUAAUUGUAGCAAUGACACACAUGUCAGCUGUAUUCAGGCUGCCUUUCUGUAUUCCAAAGGUGCUCCACUUCUUCUGUGUCAUCCGACCUGUGAUGAAGCUCUCCUGCAUUGACACCACAGUCAAUGAAAUCCUGACUAUGACCAUCAGUGUGCUGGUGAUCCUCAUUCCCAAGGGCUUGGUUUUCAUCUCCUACAUCCUCAUCAUUUCUACCAUCCUCAAGAUUGCAUCUGCUGAAGGCAGGAAAAAGGACUUUGCCACCUGUGCUUCUCAUAUUACUGUGGUUAUUGUCCACCACAGUUGUGUCUCCAUUGCCUACUUCAAACUCAACUCAGAGAACACCAGAGAUCAGGAUCAGCUGAUAUCAGUGACCUACACUGUCAUUACCCCGCUACUGAACCCUGUGGUGUACACUCUGAGGAACAAGGAGGUCAAAGACGCUCUGUGCAGAGAGAUAGGUCAAAAACUCUCCUAACAGAAUAGGCCCAUUUCAAAUAGAAUCUUAGAAGAUUUUUUAGAGAAGAAAAAGUGGAACAGUGUGCACGGUCAAUAGAGUUAAAAAUUUGAAGCCUAUCAAGCAGUGGUUGGGCAAGAGGAG